AUGUUAGUUCAAGGACUUCUUUCGAUUCUCGCUUUCGCCGGAACUGCCUUCGGGGAGUUGGUUCUAGAUCGCUUCGACAACAGUGGUAUAAACGCCCUUGGAAACUGGCAUGGUUGUGAUGGCUCAAUGUCCUGUCAAUGGAAUGGUGACAGUUUGACCAUCCAGUCAGCCGAUACGGAUAAUAGUUUCUUCACGCAGUUCAAGGGCGCGUGUCAAGAUCUCGGGAGUUUCAACGACCAGUUCCUUCAUAUUGUAUGCUCCGGAGAUAAGAAGUUUUCCGUUGCUCUUACGCAGAACAAUAACGGUUGCGAUAUGAGUCGGGCUCCGUAUCCGGAGACUUGGGAUAUUGUCAAUGCCGAAGACUACAGUAAUGGCGAAGAUAUAUAUAUCCCCAUGAGUCACUUCAACAUCAUGAAGAGCCGUACUCUCGGUGUCGCACUUAAGGCAUUCCGCAACCCUGGCGCCUCCACCACCUUCUCCCUCAUUGAAAUCGUGGACUCGGCCCCGGGAGGCGUCCCGGAAAAGAAGCCUACUGGUCCCCUCUACUUUUCUUGCACACGGCCCAACAGCAUUGCUUUCGGCAUUGAUGAUGGUAUUCCGAGCUUGACUGAGGAUAUGAUGAAGAUUGUUGAUUCUGAGGGCAUCAAGGUUACCUUCUUUGUCGUCGGUAACUCUCUUGAUAACCCAGACCUGCCUUUCAAAGCAUUGUAUAAGCGCGCACUCGCCAACGGACAUCAGGUCGGAUUCCACUCAUAUACCCACCCUAAACUUGAAGGUCUCAAUUCCGUCAGUGCCAUCGAUGAUGAGUUUUUGAGGAGUCAUGAUGCAGUUAUGAGAAACCUUGGUGUUGAUUCCAGAUACUUCCGUGCGCCAUACGGAACAGAUGGUGCCCUUACCCGCCAGCGUCUUGAGGCCACCGUCCCAGGGACUAAGAUCAUUAACUGGAGCGUUGAUAUCGAAGACUGGAUUUGGGGACCCAAUGACCCGGACAGGCAGCAGACUCUUGCUGUCCAGCGUGAUCUUUCCAAGGGUGGCAACUUGUUUGUUGCUCAUUACCUCUAUAUUUCCACCGUUGAGCAGCUUCGGCAAUUCAUCAAAGACGCCAAGGCUACUGGAAAGCAGAUUAUGCGUGUUGACCAGUGUCUGAUGGACCCUAAUGCGCCACCUCUAUAA